GUUAAGCCAAUUUCAUUUGUGUCGUGGGCUUUCAUUUCCUGCCUGAAGAAGUUAGUUGUUUGUUUUAGCACCAGGGUGCGGCUCCUGGCUCCACCAGGCGGCAGUCGCAGCAGCAUCCUCCGCCGGUGUGACACUGAUCAGUAGCCGCUUGGGUUGCGUGUGUGCCGGGUCUGGACGGACGGUGCACGAUGUGAGGGAUCGGAAGUCACCUGGAUGCGAGCUGUUUUUUGGAUCACCUUUGUGUCCUCUGAGAGGUGCGUGGCUUGGCUUGAGCUGCAUUUCCGGCUUCUCGGAGCAGCGGCGGCUUCUCCACUGCUUGGAGGUCGAUGUGAGCAACGGCACAUCCGGCCUCGGCAUGGCGCAGGACAGGGGCAAGUACGACUUCUACAUCGGCCUGUCUCUGGCCAUCAGCUCCAGCAUCUUCAUCGGAGGGAGCUUCAUCCUCAAGAAGAAAGGUCUGCUCAGGCUGGCCAAGAAGGGAUCCAUGCGGGCAGGUCAGGGUGGUCAUGCGUACCUGAAGGAGUGGCUUUGGUGGGCCGGUUUGCUCUCAAUGGGCGCGGGUGAAUUAGCAAACUUUGCAGCGUACGCCUUCGCCCCCGCCACCCUUGUCACGCCCCUGGGAGCCCUCAGCGUGCUGGUCAGCGCCGUGCUGUCGUCGUACUUCCUGAGCGAGCGUUUGAACCUGCACGGGAAGCUGGGCUGCCUGCUCAGCAUCCUGGGCUCCACCACCAUGGUGAUCCACGCCCCGCAGGAGGAGGAGAUCAGCAGCCUGGAGCACAUGGCCGGGAAGCUGGUGGACCCCGGUUUUUUCGUCUUCGCCACGCUGGUGAUCAUCGUGGCGCUCAUCUUCAUCUUCGUGGUGGGCCCUCGCCACGGGCAGAGCAACAUCCUGGUCUACAUCACCAUCUGCUCAGCCAUCGGGGCGCUGUCGGUGUCGUGCGUGAAAGGGCUGGGCAUCGCCAUCAAGGAGGCGGUGGCGGGCACCAAUGUGGCGAAGAUGCCGCUGGCGUGGAUCCUGCUGGUGGGCCUGGUGGCGUGUGUCAGCACGCAGAUCAACUACCUGAACAAGGCGCUGGACAUCUUCAACACGUCGCUGGUGACGCCCGUCUACUACGUCUUCUUCACCACCUCGGUGCUCGCCUGCUCGGCCGUCCUCUUCAAGGAGUGGGAGCACAUGGGCGCCGACGACAUCAUCGGCACGCUGAGCGGCUUCGUCACCAUCAUCGUGGGCAUCUUCCUGCUGCACGCCUUCAAGGACGUGAGCGUCAGCCUGGCCGCGCUCGCCUUCUCCAUGCGCAAGGACGACCGUGCCAACGGUACGUACGAGCUGCUCCGCGCCGGCGAGGAUGCAGAGGAGCCGGCCUCGCCUUUCGACGCUGUGUCCAGACGGAACGGAACCGUGGCGCCUUAGGGACGCCAAACCCGGACAAUCAAUGGACGACAGACCGAAGGAUUGUAGUCCUUUCCUUUGCCUUACCGUACGCACUCUUUAUUUUUUCAUUCCGUUGGACACAACACUUUCCUGGCAUUUAGGUGACCUUUACUACUUUUACUUUACUUUGGGGAAUUUUGGUUUAAAACACGGGGAAAAAAGUAAAAAAAAAAAAAAAAAAAAAACUGACAUGAACACAAUUUUUUUACUUUUUCAUAGUUUUUGCUGAAACAGUAAAAAAGUUAAAAAAUGAUAUGGUAAAAAAACGAACAAAAAGCAUGAAAAAGUAAAAAUUGACAUAUUUGUCAUCCUUUUUUGGUUAACACCAUUUUUACUUUUUCACUGCUUUGGCUAAAAAGUUAAAAAAAAAAUUAAUUUCAUUUUUAUCAGGAAAAAGUGAAAUUGUUCAACAAAAAUGUUGAAUUAUUUUUUUCAUUUUUAACAUGUUUUUGUGUUGAAAAAGUUCUAAAAUGUGCUUUUGUCGAACACAAGUUCACUUUUUGUUGAACAAUUUCUGCAGUCGUGUAAAAGUAAAACAAGUUUAACAAAUAUGAAAAAUUAUUUUUUUUUUACUUGUUUUUUUCAAAUUAAAUGUUCAUUUUUGUUUCCUUUUUCCAUGUUAAAGUUAACACAAAAUGACAAAGUCCAAUUUUUUGUAGAUAUUUUUGUACGUGUUUUUAGUUAAGCACAUAUUCAUGCACUGACUUGCUUUUUAUUUUUAUUUAAUUUAUAUUCUCUACGAUCUUAUUUUGAAGAGUGACUACUACAAAUGGAGGUUGUGAUACUUGAAAGUAACUAUUUUUGUGGGCGCUCAUUCUGGACUAAAGGUAGCCUUUACACGUAAAGCUCUUGAGAUGAAGCCACAGAUUUGUUACAUAUUUAUUGAAAUAAAAAUGAUUAUUACACCAUU